AUGCCCUCAUCUCGAAUAUUAUCUGCUUGGGUCCACCCUAUCAUAGCCACAGUCCGAUGGCUCACUGUUAAACGGCCAAACCCAGUAAUCGACAGUGGUUCUCGAACUCCAGUCUCAUCGGGCCCUGUAUCUUCAAUCUCUCCAAUCUCCUCCGAAUCUCCUCCACCGGUCCCUGGGUUUGCGAACUUGAUAAACUUUGAUUUGUUACCAUCUACCCCUCCACCCGGUAUCUCUCCACUGUCUGGGAUAUCCUUUGAUCCGCAGGACCUUCACAGUAGUUCUGUCAAUGCCCGCCUUGAUGCAGUUGCCAGAUUCAUCUGUGACAUUGAAUAUGCAGACACUGAUAGAGAUGGUACUAGACUCGAAUGGGAGAAUCAUCCGACCUCGCAUGAGUCAGUUGCUGAAACUGAAUUCCCUGUUACUUCGAAGGCGGCAUCGGACCUACGAACAGUUGCCCGCGACGUGGCAAUGUUUGCCCUGGAUGAUGACAGUAAAUCUCUUGAACACAUUUUUGUCCGUUGCGAUACAACGGAUAAAAACAAAAACAACGCGUAUUACAUGAAUGGCCAGGAAGGAUAUUCCACACCACAGUCCCCGUCUCCAGGGUGCUGGAAUGAUGUUCUGUCUUGUUGGAAAACCGGCCCACGAUUUUGCUUUCAUGGUUUCGACCUUCAAGCGGUCGAUUCCAUCCAGUGCGAAGGAGGUUCCUUGAUGGUCCCUCUUCGCGAGCACGAUCCGAUAGUGCAUCAACGUAUCCCACAGACUAACGCACCUUGGAUCGUCGACGAGAUCCCUAGUGAAGUCCUGGCACCGAAACCGAUGAGUUCUAGCCAGGUCAGAAUGAAGGAAAUUGAAGACCUGGAGGAAAUUGCAUAUAGAUUAAUAGAGGAUAUGGAAAUUAUUGUAGGGUCGACACUGUUUGCACUAUAA